UAAUAACAUUCAAACAUCAAACACAAACACAGUUAUCAUUAUCACUAUGACAAAAAACAUAACCACCCUUUUGCUCUUGCUUCUUGUUGGAGUAACCAUAACAUUGUGUGAAGAUGAAGAAAGGGAAAAAGGUUCAUCAUCAUCAAACAAAUUGUUCUUGAUGCAAGACUCCAAGAGUGUGGUUAAAACUGAUGCAGGGGAAAUGCGGUUAUUUCAAAACAAAGAUACUGAGUUUUUGGAUAGGAACAUGCACAUUGGUUUAAUUAAUAUGGAACCAAGGUCCUUGUUCAUUCCUCAAUAUUUGGACUCCAAUUUUAUUAUAUUCGUCCGUAGAGGGGAUGCAAAGUUGGGAUUCAUAUAUGGUGAUGAACUAGAGGAGAGACGAUUGAAGACAGGGGACAUAUAUGUAAUUCCAGCAGGUUCUGUAUUCUAUUUGGUUAAUAUAGGUGAAGGUCAGAGACUUCAUCUCAUUUGCAGCAUUGAUCCUUCUACAAGCUUAGGAGAUACUUUUCAGCCUUUCUAUAUUGGUGGAGGAGAUAAUUCACAAUCAGUGCUUGCUGGAUUUGAGCCUGUUAUUCUUGAAACUGCAUUUAAUGAAUCAAGAGAAAAGCUAGAGAGAAUCUUCAGCAAGAAAGUAGAUGGGCCAAUUGUGUACAUUGAUGAUUCUCAUGCACCUAGUCUUUGGACCAAAUUCCUUCAACUAAAGAAGGAAGAAAAAGUACAACACCUUAACAAAAUGGUACAAGGCCAAGAAGAAAACAAUGAAGAGAAGAAGCAAACAAGUUGGUCAUGGAGGAAGCUAUUUCAAAGUGUAUUAGGAGAAGAGAAUAAAAAUAUAGAGAACAAAGACAGAGGUGAUUCCCCUGACUCAUACAACCUCUAUGACAGAAAACAUGACUUCAAAAAUGGUUAUGGUUGGAGCAGUGCAUUGGAUGGAGAUGAUUAUUCUCUUCUCAAAAUACCUGACAUUGGUGUUUUUCAUGUGAAUCUCACUGCGGGAUCCAUGAUGGUACCUCAUGUGAAUCCAAGGGCAACAGAAUAUGGAAUAGUAUUAAGAGGCAGUGGAAGAAUUCAGAUACUAUUUCCAAAUGGAAGCAAUGCAAUGGACACAGAAAUAAAAGUAGGUGACAUAUUCUAUGUACCAAGAUACUUUCCAUUCUGUCAAAUAGCAUCAAGAAAUGGAGCCUUAGAGUUCUUUGGGUUCACAACCUCAUCAAAAAAGAGCAAUCCACAGUUUCUAGUAGGUGCUGCAUCACUUCUAAAGACCAUAAUGGGACCUGAACUUGCAGCUGGAUUUGGAGUGAGAGAAGACAUUAUGAGAGAUGUUGUUGGUGCUCAACAUGAUGCUGUCAUAGUUUCUUCAACAUGGGCUGCACCUGGAACUGGAGGGGUAAGAGAGGAAGAUGCUUAUGUUCAAUCAAAGGGUAUUAUAGGGAUUUUCGAUGAUAUUCUUAUGGAUGAUUUUGAGUAGGUUUAUCAAUUGUGGUGAACACUUAAUAGACUUGUUUGGUUUUGUUUGUAAUUGGUAACUUUUUUUUUCUCUCUUUGGUUCAUAUGUGCUUUGUGUAGUUAGUUGUGAACAAAAUGUAAUUUUCUUCCUCAUGGAAUUGUGUUGCUAUAUAUAGUUUAAAAAUGUGUUGAUUGAUGAAAGAGAUUUACAAAUUGAGAUAA